AUGUCUACAAAAGACAUGGCUAAAGUAAUGAUCGUCAUGUUUGCAAUUUGUUUUCUUGCAAAAUCAGAUGGGAAACCAGUUAAGAAGAGAUCUGUGAGUGAAAUACAGUUUAUGCAUAACCUGGGCAAACAUCUGAGCUCAAUGGAAAGGGUUGAAUGGCUUCGAAAGAAGUUGCAGGAUGUGCACAAUUUUGUUUCCCUGAGAGCUCCUGUAAUUCACAGAGAUCAUGGUUCCCAGAGGCCCCCCAGAAAGGAAGACAAUGUCUUGAUUGAAAGCCAUCAAAAAAGCCUCGGAGAAACGGACAAAGCUGAUGUGGAUGUCUUAAUUAAAGCGAAAUCCCAGUAA